AAUUUAACAUAGCUUUCCGCUCAUUAACAUAAAUUAUGAAGCUAUAUAUAGGGGGGAGGGUGCGGGUCGCGAGGCGGAGGUCAGCGGAGAACUUCCGGGGCAGCCGGAAUCUGAGACCGCGAGAAUGGACGUCUUUCUGAUGAUCCGCCGGCACAAGACGACCAUCUUCACGGACGCCAAGGAGUCUACCACCGUGCUGGAGCUCAAGCGGAUGGUGGGGGGGAUUGUGAAGCGAUCACCAGCUGACCAGCGGCUAUACAAGGAGGAGACUUUGCUGCUGGAUGACUCCAAGACGUUGGGUGACUGUGGCUUCACCAGUCAGACGGCACGGGCACAGGCACCUGCUACUGUGGGACUGGCCUUCCGCUCACCUGUAGACGAGGAGUGGGAGGCCCUGCGGCUCGAGCCGUACUCCAGCCCCCCGGAGCUCCCCGACGUCAUGAAGCCUCAGGAUGGAGGCGGCGGGGGCGGCGGCAGCAGCAGCAGCAGCAGCAACGCCAACGAGCAGACCGUGCAGUGAUGACGUGGGGGGUUAGGGGUGAGGGAGUCGCGGUGGUGGUGAGACGGGGGGGGAGAGGGGGGCGGUGAGCUAGCGGGGAAGGGGAGCCUGCAGCUCGCCCGCCCGCCCGCUCGCAUAUCCACACACCCACCCACCAACUCACCCACUCACUCACCCACUCACCCACCGACUCACCCACCGA